CAAAUGUACAUCGCAUAUGUGAAGAAUUCCAGAUUCACCUCUCCCAAUGUCCUGCCCAUGAUCAACUUCAUGCAGCGCACGCUGACAGAGAUGUACGCCCUGGACACGCAUACCUCUUACCAGCACGCCUUCAUCUAUAUCCGUCAGCUUGCCAUUCACUUGCGCAGUGCAAUGACCGUAAAGAAGAAGGAGAACUUCCAGUCUGUGUAUAACUGGCAGUAUAUCCACUGCCUGUAUUUCUGGUGUCGGGUUCUCAGCACGAUCUAUCCCAGUGAGGUCAUGGAGCCGUUGAUCUAUCCUUUGACACAGGUCAUCAUUGGCUGUAUAAAGCUGGUACCAACGACUCGUUUCUACCCUCUGCGCAUGCACUGCGUCCGUGCACUUACACUUUUGUCUGAGAACACCAGGACCUUCAUCCCAGUGUUGCCAUUUAUCCUGGAGAUUUUCCAGCAGGUGGAUUUCAACAAGAAGCCAGGACGUAUAAGUGCUAAGCCUAUAAACUUUGCAGUGAUCUUGAAGCUCUCCAAUGCCAACCUGCAGGAGAAGGCAUUCCGGGAUGGACUCAUUGAACAGCUCUAUGACCUGAUGCUUGAGUAUCUCCAUUGCCAAGCCUACAGCAUUGGGUUCCCGGAGUUGGUUCUCCCCACUGUCAUUCAGCUAAAAUCUUUCUUGAAGGAAUGCAAGAUUGCCAACUACUGCAAGCCUAUCCGGCAGCUCCUGGAGAAACUGCAGGAAAAUUCUGCCUACAUCGCCAGCAGGCGUCAGAAAGCUACCUUCGGUGUGGCCAGCAGGGAGUCUGUGGAGCAGUGGGAGAAGCAGGUCAAAGAGGAGGGGACACCGCUGACCAAGUAUUACGCUCAGUGGAAGAAGCUAAGAGAGAAGGAGAUACAACUGGAAAUCAGCGGCAAAGAAAGACUUGAAGACUUGAACUUCCCAGAAAUUAAGCGUAAGAAGCAAGAUGAAAACAAGGAGGAAGAUAAGAAGGAGUUCAAGGACCUCUUUGACCUGGACAGUGACUCUGAUGAGGAGAACGUUGGAUUCUCUGUGAAAGGUAAAGCCAAAGCCAAGCAAGCAUCAGACGACAGCUCAGAAGCAAGCAGCAGUGACUAUGGCGAGGAUGACGAUGAAGAAGAAGGAAAGUAUGAAAUUGAGGAGGAUGAGGAAGAAUUGGAAGAAGGCAGUGACUCAGAGGAGGAGGGCGAGGAAGCCACACGGAGUUCCCAAGGGUCACAGAAGCAGAGGAGCCGCACUCGGGGGAUGUCACAAGCUGACCUUCAGCAGCUCGCCCAGGGAGAAGAGGACAUUGUGGAGGACUUGGCUUUCUCCGAUGAUGACUGA